AUGGUUGAGGGGCUGCCAAAGCUCAAAGCUUCUCAGAACGUGUGUGAAGGCUGCCUUGUUGGGAAGCAGCAUCGUGACUCUUUUCCUAGGGAAAGUGAAUGGAGAGCCUCAAAGAUCCUUCAAAUGAUACACGCUGACAUUUGUGGUCCCAUAAACCCAAUCUCAAAUAGUAAGAAGAGAUAUUUCAUCACUUUUACUGAUGAUUAUAGUAGAAGAACUUGGGUUUACUUUCUGGUGGAGAAAUCAGAAGCCUUCACUGUGUUCAAAAUGUAUAAAGCCAAAGUGGAGAAGGAAACAGGAGCAUUCAUAAGAGGCUUGAGGACGGAUCGAGGAGGUGAGUUCACAUCACAUGAAUUCACAGAUUUCUGCAAUGAGAAUGGCAUUCAUAGGCAGUUGACAGCUGCCUACACGCCUCAGCAGAACGGGGUUGCUGAACGGAAGAAUCGAACCAUCAUGAAUAUGGUUCGAUGUAUGCUGUCAGAGAAGCAGAUUCCAAAGACCUUCUGGCCUGAAGCAGUGAAUUGGGCAGUUCACGUGCUGAAUCGAAGUCCAACCCUUGCAGUAAAAAGUAAAACACCUGAGGAAGCAUGGAGUGGGGCGCAAACCAUCAGUGGAGCACUUUCGGGUGAGGAGUCCAAAGCCUAUAGAUUGUUUGAUCCUAUCUCGAAUAAAAUCACUAUAAGCCGAGAUGUAGUGUUUGAGGAAGAUCAACAAUGGGAUUGGGAUGACAGUCAUGAGCAAGCUAUUUUAGCUGACCUUGAUGAAGAAACAGGUACUGAAGAUAAAGGAAAUGAAGAAGAAGAUCAAGUGAAUGAAGGAGAAUCUGAUGUGCAAGAGUCAGAGGGUGAGAAUUCCCUUGAAUCUGAAGAUACCACAAAUGAAGGCAAUACAACUCAAGAGGGAAGAGCUCGAAGGCCACCAAUUUGGAUGAGAGACUAUGACACUGGGUGA